ACCUAUCUACAAGUAACACGCAACUGCCUGGCAGGCUGCCUCUUCCCUGGGUUUUUCAGUACUCCCCUCCAAUAGAAGACUGUUUUUUUUUCUUGAGUUCUUUCCGUGUUCAUUCUUGCACCUAGAGUUCUUCUAUCCCAUGUCCGGAGCGUGGUCGCAUAACUCGCAUUGAGCCUAUUUUGUGGCGUACAGAUUACUACUUAUUUCUCCUCUCUCUUUCCUCGCGCUGGCUCACUGUGUAUCGCGAGUUCAACACCUCACUCACUGUCUCCUGCAAAAAGCCACACUGCACCGCCCUCCUAUCUAGCGAUGGAUUCUGAACCGGAGGCCGGUGCGCCCGCCGGGAGCGUAUCCGAGGCAGGAGAAAACCGUACGAGCACCACCCCGGUCGAGAACGCUCUGCCCACGAGAGGCACUGGCGAAUCGGUUGCAGAUGACGAGGCACAGACACUCAAGUUCCUGACCGAGAAUGUGCGAGACCAGGAUGACCUCGAACGGGACAUCACUCUCCAGGCAAGCCGCGCCUUGAUUGAAGCGGAAGAUAAGCGAGAUCAGAAACGCAUUGAGAAGGCCGAGCUAUCAAAAUCCAAACUCAAAAGUCAGUUAGACCUUGAGAAACAGAAGCUCCGCUCUGCACAUGGGAACCCCACUGCCAGGCUUCGCGUCCAGCGAGAGAUCGCCCGGAUCGAGGCGGAAAUUGAGAUCUGUGACAAGGACAUUGCCGACUUCAUUGCCCGGAUUGAGCAGCGGAACCGCCAAGAUUCCGCAGACGACCAGGCCUCGACUGCGGGCGGGAAGCUUCCCGACGAGACGUCGCGCGAGUAUCUCAUUCGGACGGGCAAGAUUACUCCUUUCGCCACCUUUGGCGGUCCGCGCCCUGGCGGCGUUGAGGGCGAGCUUGCCGAUGCCGUUAUUGAUGCCGAGGACGAGGCCCUCGCCGAGGAGCUGGAGGCACAGGAACGUGAAGGCCCUCGCUCGCACCAAAUUCUGCGUCUUCCCGGCUUUGCUGAGGAGGCCGAGGAGCUUCAAACCUCGGCUGCGGAGUCCGAGUUCUCGCUACGCCCUCGAAAGAGACGUCGGGCGGAGAGGGCUGCUCCUGACGCCGACGAGGACUUCGUGCCGGAUGAAUCAGUCUCGGAAACGGCUAGCCAGGCGGAGUCUUAUGUCUCCGAUUCCGAUGACUUCGACAUGACCGAUGCCACUCCAAAGCGGAAGCGGGGGAAGGCUGUGAAAGAAAGCGAGGACAAGGUCGAUCUGAGCAAGAUCGACGAUGGCAACGAAGCCGUUUAUCAGCGGAGACUGAAAGAUUGGGUUGAACGGAGGAGCCGGGCCCGAAGGCGCCGGCAGGAGAGACUAGUGCAGCCAGUUGAAGAUGCGUCGGACAGCGUCGAAGAGUGGUUCAAGCCCUCCCCGGAUCAGCCAGACCAUGUGUUUGAGAACGGGCUGAAACUCCCCGGCGACAUUUACCCGUCUCUCUUCGACUAUCAGAAGACGGGCGUGCAAUGGUUGGCAGAGCUGUAUGACCAGCAGGUCGGCGGCAUAAUUGGUGAUGAGAUGGGGUUGGGUAAAACCGUCCAACUGAUAUCUUUCGUUGCUGCCCUGCACUACAGCAAGAAGCUCCACAAACCCGUCAUUGUCGUCGCCCCGGCCACCGUCCUGCGGCAGUGGAUAACCGAAUUCCACCGCUGGUGGCCGCCACUCCGUGUCUCCAUUCUUCAUUCCUCAGGGAGCGGCAUGUUCAACGUCCGCGAUGAGUACGAAAUCGAAGACCAUGUGGAUGACUGGGAUGGGAGGCGGCCCAGCAGGUCCAGUGGAGCAGUCAAAAGGAUAGUCGACCGGGUGGUCAAACAUGGCCAUGUCCUGGUCACCACCUAUGCUGGUCUACAGACCUACGGCGAUGCCCUGAUCCCUGUGGACUGGGGUUACGCUGUGUUGGACGAAGGCCACAAGAUCCGAAACCCGAACGCGGCCAUCACGAUCUACUGCAAAGAGCUCCGCACCCCUAAUCGUAUCAUUCUCUCUGGUACUCCGAUGCAGAACAACUUGACUGAGCUGUGGUCCCUUUUCGACUUUAUCUACCCCAUGCGGCUCGGCACCCUUGUCGCAUUCCGCAACCAGUUCGAGAUACCAAUCAGACUGGGAGGCUACGCGAACGCUACGAACCUGCAGAUUAUGACAGCGCAGAAAUGUGCCGAAACCCUCAAGGAGACCAUCAGCCCCUAUCUACUGCAACGCUUGAAGGUGGAUGUCGCGGCUGACCUCCCCAAGAAGAGCGAACAGGUGCUCUUCUGCAAGCUGACGAAACCCCAACGGGACGCAUAUGAGCUCUUCCUCAAGUCUGAUGACAUGAAUUCUAUCCUUAGCCGAACUCGCCAGUCGCUGUACGGCAUUGAUAUUCUCCGCAAGAUCUGCAACCAUCCCGACUUGAUAGAUCCGAGGCUGAAGACGAAGCCCGGUUACCAGUGGGGUGACGAUAGCAAGUCGGGUAAGAUGGCCGUUGUCAAGUCUCUGCUCCCGAUGUGGAAACGCUUGGGGCACAAGACGCUGUUGUUUUGCCAGGGCGUCCAGAUGUUGGACAUAAUCGAAACCUUCGUUCAACGGCUGGAUAACAUCAAAUACCUCCGUAUGGAUGGCAAGACGCCGGUCAAGCAGCGGCAGACCCUCGUAGACCAGUUCAACGCGGACCCGGAGUUUGACGUGUUCCUGUUGACAACGAAGGUCGGCGGACUGGGUGUCAACCUUACAGGAGCAAAUCGCGUCAUCAUCUUCGACCCAGACUGGAAUCCUUCGACUGAUGUUCAAGCAAGAGAGCGUGCCUGGAGACUAGGCCAGAAAAGGGAAGUGACGAUAUACCGGCUGAUGACGGCCGGGACGAUCGAGGAGAAGAUAUAUCAUCGUCAAAUUUUCAAGCAGUUCCUCACCAAUAAGGUGCUGAAGGACCCCAAGCAGCAGACGACGUUCAAUAUUAGUGACUUGCACGAUCUCUUCAGCCUCAGCUCCUACGAGGACGGCGUGACGGAGACGAGCGAAUUGUUCAAGAGCAGCGAUGUCAAGAAGCUCAGACCUGCCGAGCCGAAGGAGCUCGUUCUGCCGGGCAAUAACGAUGCCGUUCGUUUCAAGCCUCGGCAAGUCAGCACCAGGACGGAGGUCGAGCCUAGCAAUUCGGAUGGAAAGGAAAGCGAUCUCCGGGCCAUAGACGGGGUUGCAGCUGUUGAGACAUACCAAAGCGAUCCAGCACCGCCCGCGAACGAAGAGGAUCGGCUCAUGGAGGGCAUCUUUGCGCGGUCCGGCGUCCACAGCGCCCUGGAACAUGAUGAGAUCAUCAACGGCAAGAAGACCGUCCAAGCUGACCGCAAGAUGCUCCAGCAGGAGGCACACAGAAUAGCCGCGCAGGCCGCCUCGAGUCUCCGACGUGCAGCCGAACAAGCUCGUACCGUUCCGAUCGGCACAGUGACAUGGACUGGAGAGGUCGGAGAGGCCGGUCGUCCGGCACCUGUCCGCCGCGGCCGUGGCGGGCCAGGUUCGGCGAGCAUACUGGCCAAUGUUGCGGACCGUCAGGGCCUCAGUACAGGCAGCUCCCGCAUCUCGAGCCCGGGUACGCCCGGCACGCCGGACCAGAAUCUCCAGGCGAGGGAUUUUGAGAAGAUGAUCCCCGCCUUCAUUAAGAGGCACAACGGCCAGGUACCGUCGAAGCUGUUGGUGGACCACUUCAACCGGUACUGUUCCGGGUCGCGCCAGGCAGCCGAGUUCAAACAGGCGCUGGGGAAGGUGGCCAAGAUGGAGAAGCGCGGAUCAAGCAUGCGGGCAAUCUGGACUCUGAAGCCGGGGUAUCAGUAAACUCUAGGUGGCUGUAGCUAAUGGAUCACGGUCCUCACGGCGCUUGGUACUAAGGGACCAACGGCUUUAUGAUCUAUCCCCCAAUGGUGGCAUUCGGGGCUUAUUCAAAGUGCACUGUCACGGUAGAUAUUGAUGAUGUAACUGGAGACAUGGCAGACGAUUUGCUGAAACUCGAAACAUAUUAUACC